GGAAAAUUGUCAAUCCGUGUUUAGUUCCGUACCGGUGAGGAGCCCCAAAAACCCAAAGCGCAGCGCUAGUGUGUGUCCUAAAAGCACAGCAGUAACCGUUUACAGUUCGCUUGCUCAACUUUGCCCUAGUGCACGUUCUUACCCGCUAACCUUCCCCACGCACACGUGUUUCACCAUGAAGCUGUUAAUCUGUGUGCUGAGUGUGUGCGCCCUGGCCGCGGCCCAGGACUUCAAGGAGUGUUUGGAAAAGGAUUCGAUCGCCUGCCUGCAGCUCACGUUCUACCGCAAGGCACGCGACUUCUUCGACCAGCCACAGAUCAGCCUGGCCGGUGGCCUGUCGUUCGUUAAGACGGCCGGUCGGGAUUCCCGCUCGUACAGCGCCGACAGUGCCCAGAUUGAGUCGGCCAACAGUGUGGAGACGCGUGAGGAUGCACUGGAGAACUACGUGUUCGAACGCUCGGUCAGCUUCCUGCGCGAGCGCUCGCUGAACCUCGAUAUGGCCGGUGCUGCCCGCAGCCUGUCCACCGUCAUCCCGGAGGAAGUGAAGGGACAGAUGCGCGCGAUGGUCGCCGAGGCUCGCGGCAAGAAGAAGAUCCUGAAGGCGCUCCUGCCCAUCCUCGGACUGGUGAAGCUGAAGAUCGUCGGUCUGGCCAUCUUGGCCCUGCUCGGCAUUGCGCUGAUCGCCAAGAAGGCGCUGAUCGUGUCGGUGAUUGCGCUCGUCCUGUCCAAGUUCCUGUUCCUGAAGAAGCUCCUGUCGAAGAAGGAUGAUCACACCUCGUACCACGGUUCGUCCGGUGGCUGGGAGUCGAGCGGAUACGGUGACUACGGUUCCCACAGCCAGCCCGCUCACUCGAUCGCCUACGCCGGUCACAAGCCGGUGCGAAAGUAAAGCAGCCGAGCGAUCCGUGCAGCAGAACGAUCCCUUUAAUUUAUUAACGCCUAGCGGCCACACGCCGCACGGGUUUGUCACACCUGGAACAACCCCAGGUGUGUCGCCCGCGAUCGAGAUUAAUUUAUUAACUUAGCCGAUAGAUGAGGAAUUGAUUUGUUCAUUUGUUUUGUUGUGACCAUGUUUUGCUCUACCGACAGGACCGCUACAGUCCCGCACUAGACACACUCACACACGCACACACUCGCGCACGCACAUUUGCAACACAUACACGCGUAUAUUGCACACGCAUACCAUUUCCUCCUUCAUACUCGACCUGAAAGAGGCCCCUUCGAUCAUGCGCGUGAUCGAAUCUCGUACCAAACACACACUGAUCACUGAUCACUCUGAUAGCUGCUAUUACUAUUACUAUAACUGCUAUGUUUUUACUACUAUUACUACUACCUUUGCCAAGGCGAUUGCUACCUUCAGCUACCAAAAACGUGCGGCAACGGUCUGUACCUUUAACGUUUAACUUUAAAUCCACACUCACCCACUUCGAGCACUAUUCUUCGAUCUAGUCUACUAUAAUCCUUACAAUCUCGCUCCAAUCUACGCGACCAAGGCCGAUUGAGGUAAUUCGAUCCGGCGUCCCAAAUCGAUAUAGAGUUAGUAAGCGGGCCCAUCCGGGGGGUUUCGGGGUGGACCGAUUUUCUUUACUACAAGAAGACGCACCCCGGACCCGAGCCCGACCAGUUCUCACAUCCAUCUCUCCACUCACUAGACAUUACUAUCAACGUUCUUCCCAUUCUGCACUUGUUUUUGCCUUCGGGGCUUUGCAGAGCGGCCUGCUUACAGAGUCCGCUUACAUCGCAAGCAUCCGUUGAGCAUGUAGUUUAUUUUUUGUUUUGUUUUGUUUUUCAAUUAAACCCAAUUCUACCGAAUUUUGGGUUCUAGUCUUCUAGCCAGCUAGCUUUUCAUCUGUACAGACAUGAAGUGACGAUAUGGGUGGGCCGGAGGCAUGAGCGCGAAAGCAGACACGAGAAGAAAUUGGGGAAAAAGCAGAACCGACUCCGGUUCCGUUGCGCGAUUCGCGGACAAUUUGUAUCCGUGAGGCAUUAGCUGAUCGCAACCGUUAGCCUUAACUCUCGGCGAAGGGGUGCCUUCCUGGGCAUAAUUUUGUGUUUUGUGAGCGUACGGUGGUUUGCAAUCUGCUUGCCACCUUACGUUCUCACCAACCCCGUGGGGGAAAAUUCACUUAACUGUUCACGGCUCCCCCUCAAAGGCAAUUAUGCUCAGAACCGUACCGAAGGCGGAGUGAAUUUCUUCUCCACAGCUUUCACGUUUCACCUUCAUCCUUCCGACACAGUCCUCUUCGUGGCCGUAUCGUCACUCGAUGGGUAAAGGAAAUAAAAAAAAAGGCAACCCAGCUACCAAAACCACUCCGACAAACAAGCAGCAAACCAACAGGAACGGAAACGGGAACCUCUUCCGGGAGGAUCCCGAGACUACAAUCUUGUACGCAAAACGCAUAAGCACAAAACAAACAAGAAACCACCACCCCCACCCCGUCAUACAUAAACCAUUGUAAAUAAGAAGAGCAAGUGAGAAAUGCAAGAGGCAAUAAGAGCAGAAAUCAAAAGAAAUAAAGAAAAAAUGUGAAAAUAAAGUUACGGAAAGUACAUCCAACCAACCGUCGCGAGUCAUCCAACUGCAGGUCGC